AUGCUUGGUAUUUCAUCCCAUACAGCGGGAUCAUGCACUUUACUCCACACAAUAAAGAAUCCAAUAAUUCUAGCAAAAACUUUAUUACUAGAUCCAGAUAAUCCUCACUUAUUUUUAGGUGGUAUUGAAGAUCCGACGGGAACUGUUGGUGCAGUCGCUGUUGAUGCGAACGGAAUUAUUGCAGUUGCUACAUCCACAG